AUUAUCAUGGUGGCACUGGCAGCUCCAGCUGGGGAAGUUGUGAAAAUAUUAGGUAGUAAAGUUUUAAUGAUAAGAAUGGGUUGUUAACUGUUGGGAUUUUUCACGUUUCGUACUCAAGACAGAGAGUAGAUUAUACAGACACAGAAGGAAGACCAUGACAGCCAACGAGGAUCAAGAGAUGGAGUUGGAGGCUCUCCGCUCCAUCUAUGAGGGGGACGAGUGCUUCAAGGAAAUCAGCCCAGUUUCCUUUCAGUUAAGGAUAGGUGACCUCGAGGACACCAAAGCAUUCAUCCUGGAUGUCACAUGGCCAGAGACAUACCCUGAGACGGCCCCACAAAUCUCCCUCGACACCUUUUUCAACAACAGAAUCUCUGCAGAGACAAAGCAACUGAUCCUGUCAAAGAUGGAGGAGCAGGUGGAGGCUAACCUGGGCACUGCCAUGAUGUACACUCUGUUUGAGUGGGCCAAAGACAACCAGGAGGCCCUCAUGGAGAACCACAAGCCUGUAGUUACUGCUGUGACGUUGACGUCCAAUAGUGAGGUCUCAACUACAACCUCAUCAGCCAAGAAGAAGGAAAAGAAGGAGCAGCUGACUAAAGCUCAGAAGAGGAGGAUCAUCAGUAGAACAGAUAACAAAGGGGAACUGCCAAGAGGUUGGAACUGGAUUGACGUUAUCAAACAUCUGAGUAAAACCGGUGGAAAAGAUGAUGAGUAGGCCUAAGGGCAGUGAUCUGGUGCUGCUUUAUACAAGGAGGUGCAGUACAGCCUGAUCGUACUGCAGCCCAUUGAUGCUGCUGCUGCUCCUGUCUAGAUGCCUUCACAUCCCUCACCAAUCAACAUGGCUGCUUCCACCCUGAGAACCAAAGCAGGCUGGGUAAUGGUGGACUUCAGGUCACACACACCUCUGGCUAAACUGCAACUUUGAGCUCGGAUUUAUUAUUAUUGCGGUGUUUUAUGUGUCUGUGGUGUUUGUGGAAUGCAGCCAGGUGAAGAAGACCGACAUCAUCAGGUUUUCUUCACCGCACACAGUUACACAGCACAUCAGGUUGGAGCGUGCUUGAGAUACUUGCUGUCACUGCCAUGUUUUCAGUCUGUCAGAGUAGGCCCAGUGUCAGGCACUGGAGCCAGAAGUGAUGCAGUGUGGUUCUAAACAGAUGUGUCAAAGUGUCACGUAGCAUCAUGCUGUUACUUUAAGGUAUCAUGUGACUUUGUGAAAGCAGAGAAGUUUUUAAUAACAGACAAAAUGUUACUCCUUGCCCCAUUUUCUUUUGACACGUGUUUCUUUUCCCAAUGAAGAGAAAACCUUACAUUUUUUAUAGAUAAAUAAAACCAUAUUUGGUCUAC